ACGAGCUGCCAGUUGGAAGGGUUAAGGUUAGAGUUUUAAAGGUAAAGGAGCCUUAGGCAUGUUAGGAGAUCUUGUGGUUGUGGUUGGACCGGGUCUGAAACUAAAAUAAGACAGGUUCACUGCACUUACUGUUCAAGCAUAAGUGUCAAUACCACAUAAUUAUAAACACUGCACAGUUUCACAAUUAGUUUGGCCUAUACCCAAGUUCUGACAUGAGUGACCUACCAAUACCACCACAGGGAUAUUUUUUGCCAAUCUGAUGAGACUUAAGUGUUCUGACGUGUGUGGAUACAUUUAAUGACAACAAGAUGAUCAUGAAUUUGUUAGAGAACAUGCUGUGCCUUUGUUGUGUGCGUGUAACUUGGCCAAGCUGUGAAGGAAAUAUUCGAGGCCGAGUGUGUCAUGAUGACGUAUUUCCUAGUUGACGAGAUUCUAGUAUUACGGGGUAGUAAUUAGACAAUUUAAGAAACUGGUUGCAAAGCGAAGAUCGAAUGGAAAAGAUCACCAGAACGGUGGACUGGUAUCAGAAAAAGAUCGGCACAUAUGACAAACAGCUAUGGGAGAGGUCGGUAGAACAAAAAAUCAUCAAGGGCAUUCAUGGAAUGCGGAAUGUCCCCAAGAAAUCCGGCAAGGUCAAGGCUGAGUUUAUAGAUGUAGAUCUCGUCAGAGGAUCUGCAUUUACGAAAGCGAAGCCACAAUGUUCGGCAUUUACAAUCGCCAGGAAAGGUCUGAUCCGGAUGUUCUUGUUGCCGUUCUUCUACAAAUGGUGGCGAGACCAGACGUCAUUCAGAUUCUGGCUGCUCAUGAUACUGUUAUACGUUUUACAUCUGUCAACCCUGGUCCUCUACUUCACUUUAGAAAGCGGGGAACCGGAGAGACAACAAAUGGUGCGAACGUCCGAUGUGAUAACGCCUCUAAUGCUGCUCAUUAUCCUCGGCAUCAUGCAUUCUCAAAUUGUGUCGACGCAUUCGAACAGGAAGGCACAACGAGAGGAGGAGAGGUUACGAAAACGCGCCGAAAGGUCGAAACGACGGAAAUCUCGACCGUAUUCAACAACACAGUCUGAGCAUGAAAGUGGAUCACAAGAAAACAAUGGCGACAUCGUCGUCUUGGAGGAUGGAAAAGAGACGUCGCUACUUAGGAAGACGCUUCGAAAUGAAGGCGUCAAAGUCUUGUCUACUCGAGAGCAGAACGACCGACUAAAAAUCAACCAAGAGCAACACGAUAAACUGAAAAUCGGUUUCGCAAAAACUCGAACUGGCGAUCGACAAUCUCCGGAAAGGAAUAAUUCUGAAAAAGUGGCGGAGCGGUCACCAUUGAUUGUUGUUAAAGACGUGUCGAAUAAUAGAUCAGAAAAGGCGGGUGAAACGCGUAUGAACGGGGUCGUUGAGUUGAAGUCUGAGACUGUCAAGUCACGGAGACCGUGCGGAUGUAAAUCUAGUGAAAUCCAGUGGUGUCGUUGUGACGAAGAUGUUGAAAAUGUGGAGUACAAAUCGCUUGACGGCACAGAUGACGUGACGUGGAACACACAAGAGGAUUUAAAUUCACUUUCAAUGCCUUUAGAGUCUGUCGGAGAAAUAAUCAUGCCGAAAGACGGUAAAUAUUUUGACGACAGCUUAGAGUUACAAAAUCUGGACACCGUUGUUGGUGCCGCGGGUAACCACGGCAACACAUCGUCACCGGGCGCCUCCUUAAGUGACGAAGAUUCAUCUCUCAAUUGCUCAAAUGGUCAAAAAAGUCAUUCAAAAACGGAACGUCUAGACUUUGCAGCGGAACGUAGUGAUUUGAGCAGCUCUUGUGAAGUGGAGGUAAAAAAUGACAGCAGCAUCGAGGCGGAUCGUUUACUUAACGACAUGGCAGACGCGGAGUCUGGUGCCAGUGGUGGUGAGGCAGACGCGCCUCCUAAGAUCCGCAUAACAAACUCACAAGAUCAGGAUGUCAGAUCUGAUUCCUCUUCGAAUAAACGGCGAUACGGAAGCGGCCAGACGGUCCGGCGGCGACGAAGGUCGAACCUGAAGGUCAACAUCAACUCGGAGAAAUCGUCCGGCUCCAAGCGUAAACAUGACACGCUUUCGGGGAAAAAUCGUGACCCUAAGGAGAGUACAGCGGCGAGUUCCUGCGAGUCGGAGGCCGACACAGUUCCCAAUACUCCAACCUCAUCCAGGGGGCGUUUUCGCUAUUCAAAAUCAGGAGUUAAAUUCUCGGACGGUGACUCCGAGUGUCCUUUGAAAGCGUCGCACAAAUGUAAUUUGUCGCAGUUGCUGAAUGUCCGUCUCCACCAGACCAAACUGGAGUCGAGCAACUCGAGCGAUGGUCCAAUGUCGGAGGCAGAGUGGGACAGGAUGAACUCGGACAUGGCAACAUCCGACACCAGCUCGUGUACGUCAGGUAGCGAACUUUCCGAAGACGAGAAGGAGACAUCGUCGCACGACGAUCCGUUUUACUGGUCAAAUAUCGGCCAAACAUCCGACACCGUCGUCCACAACUCACAUACGCCGGCCCACGACAAAGUCAGCUGCUACAUUUGGGAGGGCGAUGAGUGCAAAAAGGUUGAUCUAACUGUCCUCGACAUCGGGUGGAUAAUCAUAGAAAAAGUUGACAAAAUUCCCGAAACAGCAGACUACUUGUUCCUCGGUGCUAUAUUCUCGUUUUUAUUAGCAUUCACGCCAGCAUUGUUCCGCUUGUAUCAUCAGUUUGAGUUCGGAUACUUUGACUUGGAGAAUUACGAGAUGUUGAGUAAGCUCGGGUUUCUGAUGUUCGGGAAGUCGUGGGUGUCGAAUGUGAUCAUGGCGAACGGAGCGCUACAGAGAAUCUGUUUAUCGUGUAUGCUGUUUUUCUUGUUGUCGGUUGCGGAGAGGACGUUUAAACAGCGCCUGUGGUAUGCCAAACACUUUUGUUAUCUAACCUCGUCCCGCCGUGCCCGGAAGUACGAUCUGCCCCAUUUCCGCCUCAACAAGGUUCGCAACAUCAAGACCUGGUUGUCGCUUCGUUCGUAUCUCAAGAAGCGUGGCCCGCAACGAUCUGUGGACGUCAUUGUGUCUGCUGCUUUUUUACUUGCCGUCACUUUAGUGGCACUCAUGUGUGUUCAACUUUUAAAAGAUACAGAAUCUUUCCUGGAUCAGAUCUAUAACUGGGAGCUAGGCGUGUGGAGUUUGACACUCGGUAUAUUCUUGUUACGUUUCAUGACGCUUGGCAAUAAGAUCAACAAAAAAUACAAGAAUCUGUCCGUUCUCAUAACGGAGCAGAUUAACCUGUACUUACAUAUGGAGCAGAAACCUCACAAGAAGGAAGAAUUGAUGCUGGCAAAUAAUGUGCUCAAGUUAGCAGAGGCUUUGUUGAAGGAAUUGGAGAGCCCCUUUAAGAUCUCUGGCCUCGCAGCGAAUCCGUUCCUCUACAACAUAACAAAAGUAGUCAUCUUAUCCGCCUUCUCGGCCGUUUUGACGGAGAUGCUUGGAUUCAAACUUAAGCUUUACAAGAUCAAACUGAAGCCGUGAGGUGGGGAAUUGCAAGACGGGUGCCAUGCAGGUCUAUGCCCAGUGCCUGUUCCGUAUUUGGACUUGGUCACUGACUCAUGUUCUUCGGUUGGUGAAAGCUUUCAACCUCUGCCACAAGGGUGCUUCUGUGGCUAUUUGUUAACGACUCUGGCCUAGGAGGGGGAUGUUGCAUAUGCGGCAAAGGAAGAGUGAAAAAAAAAAUUGAGAAAGAAGAUUUAUGAGUAGGACUUUCCUGAGUGAUUGAGUAAUUUCAAAUGUGUCUAAAGGUGAUUAAUUUGUACCUAAUAGGUCAGUAUCAAAAUCUCACUUUCAAGGAUUGUACCAGGCAGCCUCCUUUGGCCAGAAUGGGUCACUAUUGCCCCAUUCUGGAAUCUUGUUAUUGACUUUCUGAUUUGUAUUUUAAAUAUAUUUGUGUUCAUUUUACCUCUUGAUGUUAAACUUCUGGAGUAAAUUAUUUGUUGCAUGAAUUGCAUUUGUGCAAAAAGAUUAUAAUGUGCAAUUCUUUGUUGAAUGUGUCAUUGGUUAUUAUAAUGUAGUGCGAAGACUGAAAAAGGGGGCUCAUUUCAAAUUUUGAUACAGAACUUCCGGUCGUGUGCAACAGUUUUCAGUUUGCACUGCACAAUACUGACUGAUGUCAUUUCAGAUAUCAUGUUUGUUGUAUUCUUAAAUGUAAUUUAUUUGUAAAUUAUAAGAAUCGGGUAGUUUGAUGGUGUGACGUCUUCAGACGUGAUCCCAUUGAUUGACUUACCUGUACAACAAAUUAUUUCUGUUAUAAGGUCUGGGGAGGUCUCGCAGACAGGCAAUUUGUAAAAUCAGUCAUGGCUAAGUUUGUUUUAUCGCAGUGACCAAUUCAUGUCGUGGUCACCAGCAACUACCCAUUACCGAACAAACAAACAGCAAUUUCAGGUUGCUGCAAUAAAAGUCUUAUGUCUGCGGGAUGUGUAACGAAGGAUCAAGCUAGAAUGGAAAUAUUUGCGGCCUUUCUUCUUUAUACAAUCGUUUUUCGUUUUUUCUCGUGAGAAAACUUGCCAAUCAUUUGCUGUAAUUUAUGUGUUGUGCUAUGCAGUUUAUUGUAAAAUGCAUCCGGUGUUCCUUGGAUAGUGGUUUCAAUGACGCCAGUUGAACCGCUCUGGUUGGCAGUGUUGAGUGUGGACAAUGUAUCAAAUUGUUUGAAACUGGUUUGGGUGAUGGUUUUGUGAAUUAUUACUGUUGACAUUUUUUCUCCUUUUCAAGCUAGUGCUGAACUUGUGUCAAUAAAAUUUUAGCGCCCCUGUGUGACGGAAGUUGUAAGCCAACUUGCCUCCAAUCAAGUAUAGAUUAAUCUUCACCAGGUACUUGCUUCCCAUCUAUUUAUCAAUUCCUGCUCAAGUUUCUGUGUCAUCUGACCGUAGGAGGUAAAAUCUCCACGAUAUUGUGCAUGCCUGUAGCAUUUUCAGGUAAGGUAGAAUGGGGUAUGUAGCCCCGGUUUAUUUUGAGCCCCUGCGUUGUUGAUGCAUGGGGAUAUCAAUCAAUAUCAUCGGCAGAGGCUACAUUUAAACCGGGGGUACCCCAUUCUACCUUAUACAUCAUCUGUCUUAACUUAUUCUCUUGUAACCUGCUUUGUAUUCAAGUUAUCUUUUUGCAUGGAGGCCAAUAUGGCAUUUUCUUCCCAGGCCUAGCCCACUACAUGGGCGGUCUGUAACAAGCCAGUCCAGUAGUGAUUGUUGGACCACCCACUGGCAAAUAUUUUCGGUAAAGGCACACCCUCAUGACAGCCUCUUGUGUUUGGCUGUAUUUAUUCAUUGUUUUGUUAUAACUUACUUCUUGCAUUAUGUUGUAUAACUUGUUGACAUUGUGACUUCUGUACAUUGUCUCAAAAAACGUAGAAUUCUAAAAAAGGUUAUCCUCUUAGUAAACACAUGUACUUAGCACACGUUGGCAUGUGAUCUGUCAUGAAAAUUUAGCUGUUUGGCUUAUUUUGUAGUUUGUAUUUUUUAACCUUUUGAGGGGACUUUUGCUUGUGACCCAGACACCUGAUGUUGGUCUUAUUUGAUCAGAAUUGUAGACAGCGAGCUCCCAAAGAACUUUUGACUUGACAUCUAUCAGACUGUAGUGGAACAAGGGCAAAAAGUACCUGUACGCAUUUGACAAGUAUGUGAUUGGAUCUGUAACGCGUAGAUGUAUGUGUUUAGUUGUGUAAGAGUUAAAACAAUGCAACAACUAGAUUAUAGUGUUAGUUGACUUCGUCGGUUGACUCAGAUACACAGAGCUUUAAAUUGCCAAGAUUUUCUUGAAAGGUUUAUAGUUAGGAUCACACAAACAUUCACAGUAACAAAAAAUUCAACAAAAAUAUUAAGUGAUUGUAGAGGAAUAUUUGUAGGUAGUUCGACCUGAUAUGAUCGACUCUUGUGUGAUAUCUUGUCCAGAGGGUUGAAUAUUUGUUUCUUGUGCGGAGAGAAUGAAUAAAAUGUAUGGAUUUACAAAA